CAUUUAUUGAUUUCUUCUCCUCUCCCACUUCCACUUUUAACGGCUCCCAAUAACAACAUUUUCUCCACUCGUUCACUCAAUCACUGACUCUUUAGUUAGACAAUUUCUUCUCUCUGAAAAAUCAUGACUGGAGGAGGCUGCAGAAGAAGAAUCGAGAUUUACGAAUCAUCACCAUCAUUCUUCAUCAAGGAAACCUCAAUACUCAGACCUAAUCCGUUCUCAUUUCCCUCAUUUGAAGACGAUGAAGAGGUCCUAGGGUUCAAUUUGAAGCCUAAUCUAUGUUUAUUCAAUUUACCACCACUUCCACCACCGCAAUGUCUCUUCACUCCGUUCGAUUUCUUCGACAGCGUCACCGAUCUGAUCCAGAUUGAGAAAACGCCGUUCCAAUCAACUUACAAGAGGAUUCAACAACGAUCAGCAGGAGGAAAUGAUGCUUACAUCAAGAGUCUGUGUGAUCGUGUUUCUGCACUGGAAACUGGUCUUGAUCGAGUCUCGAAGGAGAAGAAGAUGAUGAAGACGAAGAAGAAGAACAACGUCAAACCACCACCACCGCAACAGCAAGAUCGGAAGUAUUCAUGGACGGCUGAGAUUAAAACUGAUGACAAAGAUGGUGUUGACAGGAAGUAUAAAUGGUCAGCUGAGAUCAAAAGUGGUGAAGAUGAAGAUGAUGUUGUGCAGAAGAAUUAUAAAUGGAUUGCUGAGAUUAGAGGAAAAGGGAAAGAAGCUCCGUCUACUAGAACUUAUACAUACAAAGCUUCAACUCUGCCGGCUUCAGCUCAUCAGAAUGUAGAUAAGAAGAAGAAGAAGGAAAAGAACAAGGAUUCUGGGAAAUCUACGGUUCAUAUUGAAGAAGAACCUGUUGAUCCAAGAGUGAUUGCUCUCAAACAUGCUUUUGCAAGGAGAGGUCCUGUUGCUAACAAUGUGAAGGGAAAGAAGAAAGAGUUGUCACCACAAGAUGCUGCAAUGAUGAUUCAGAUUAACUUUAGAGCAUAUCUCAUAAGGCGAUCUCAGGCUCUGCGUGCCUUGCGUGAGCUAGCUGUGGCCAAAGCUAAGUUGAAGGAGCUCAGGAUAUUGUUUAAUAACUUCUCAUACAGGCAUCGUAUUGUUCGUGAUGGUGAAGAACGCCAGAAGUUCUCUGAGAAGAUCAUUAUUCUUCUACUCACUGUUGAUGCAAUUGAGGGAGCUGAUCUUAUGGUUCGAGCAGCAAGGAGGUCAAUGGUGGAUGAACUGGAAGCAAUGCUUGAAGUAGUGGAUCCCCAGCCUCCAGGAAAGUUGGGUUCAAUGAAAAGGAGAAGGUUUGAUCUACCAGAAGGUGGGUUCCAGAAGGAAAUUGCAGAGGGUGUGGCGGAGGUUGUACACAUGCUCAACCAAGAAGAAAGGAAUGGUGGAACCUUUGAAGUGUGCUUGUGAGUAAUUAACUUUUUAGAGGCUCCGUUAGGCUGUUGUCCUUCUCCCUUCGUUCCACGUUGUGUUUAACUAGAUGUAGCAGGUUGCAUGUUUGGCUUCCCCUUGAGUACUGGAUGUUUUCUAAUUAGCAUGGACCUUUAGUUUCUUUGGUAUGUCAAGACUUUAAUGUUUGUAACUUUGAAUAACAGAUCCUCAUUGACUCUUUCGUAGUCUCUACUUGGAGCUUACUAACCUUUUACUCAUA